AAAAAACAAAAAAGUGAUAUUUUAAAUACUCGUCUUCGUAACCAAGGCCAAUACGACGUCGUUUGGUCCCUUUUUUGAUUCCUUGGACAUCCCUCCCUCUGCUCAAUCAUGAACCUCAAUUCCCAUCAGUAGAAGUAAAGACUUUUGUGAAGCUAUUGAUGGCGUGCACCUCUAUUUAAUUCUCUUCGAAACGCUCAAAAUUCCCUGAAGAUAAGAAUAUCACCAAUUUAAAAUCCAGGCUAAGUUAUUAAUUUAAUUUCUAUUUCAUUUUUCAACAAAACGUGCAUGAUCCACCAACCCACUGAGCUGAAAUUCAUUCCUCGGUUACCCAUAAAUCAAUUAUUUUACUUCUUAUAACUGUAUUUGUGGAUUUGGGUUCUUGUUAAAGUCCGAUAAUUGAAAGCUGAAAGCGAAGAAAAAGAGAGGACACAAGAUGAUGAAUCAGAUUGGAGGGAGAAUUUGUUCCUGGACUCGGACGAAGAUCGUUGAUCCUCUUUUCCAAAUCCUCCAAAGGGGAGUAGAGCCGAAGCAAUUGGCAUUCUCUGCGGCUCUUGGAAUUACAUUGGGGGUAUUUCCCAUUUGUGGUGUCACUGUGUUCCUAUGUGCGAUCGCUAUUGCAUUAUUUGGAUCCUUUUGUAAUGCUCCAACUGUGUUGUUGGCUAACUUCAUUGCUACUCCAAUUGAGUUGAGUCUGGUGAUUCCAUUCCUACGUUUGGGCGAGUUUGUCACUGGUGGAUCUCAUUUUCCUUUGACAUCUGAUGCACUAAAGAAGGUCUUCACCGGUGAGGCUUCACGAGAAGUCCUGCUCAGCAUUCUCCAUGCGCUGUUGGGGUGGCUUGUUGCUGUACCAUUCAUCCUAGCUGGACUUUAUGUAGUGUUUUUGCCAUGUUUUACGAUCUUGGUUCGUAAGUUCAGUACCGGUCCUCCAAGCCCCAAGAGGCCCCUUAUAGACGUCAAGGUUAAAGCUAGGGAUGUAUGAUUUUUACAUUGUACUAAAUGUGUGAGUUUCUACUAAUAAUACUUGUAAAUAGAACUUAAAAAGGGAGUCUGGUAGUUCUGUAUGUAUGUAUUAAGUUCAACAUUUCCCCAUCUAAGUUCCUCAAUUGCCAAAGUCUAUUCACCUCCACUGUCAUCUCUCUCUUCUCACACAAAAGAAUUGUCAUUGAAUUCU